UGCAGCUUUUUCACGCAGGCAGGCCGUGUGUUUUCAUAGAUGCAAUGACAGAAAGAGGAGAUUUAUUAUUCUUACUACAGGUUAUAUUAUCACCGUGAGUUCACACUGCUCUCGGUGGCAUCCUGAGCUCCAUGAUGGUGGAUUUAUCCGGGAAUGGUGCAGUGUCGCCCGGACACACCAGACACGGACAGGGCUCCGGGAAUACCGGGAAGAAAACGUCGAAAAAGUCGAGAACGAAAAGAGGCAAACGAGGCAGGAAAAGAAGGAAUAAAAAGAACAUCAGGAACAUCAGAACACCACCACCGUAUUUUCCACCGGAGGCUGAAGAAGGAAACAUUGAGUACAAGUUGAAGCUGGUGAACCCCACCCAGUACCGGUUCGAGCACCUGGCCACGCAGCUGAAGUGGCGUCUGCAGGAGGGCCGCGGCGAGGCGGUGUAUCAGAUCGGAGUGGAGGACAACGGGCUGCUGGUGGGCCUGAGCGAGGCCGACAUGAGGGCCUCGCUGAAGACCCUCAAGAGGAUGGCAGAGAAAGUCGGUGCGGACAUUACUCUCCUCCGAGAGAGAGAGGUGGACUACGACUUGGACAGAAAUACUCGUAAAAUCGCAGAAGUCCUGGUCCGAAAAGUUCCCGAUGAUCAGCAGUUCCUGGACCUGCGGGUGGCGGUUCUGGGGAACGUGGACUCGGGGAAGUCAACGCUGCUGGGCGUCCUGACGCAGGGAGAGCUGGACAACGGGCGAGGACGAGCGCGGCUCAACCUCUUCAGACAUCUGCACGAGAUCCAGACCGGACGCACCUCCAGCAUCAGCUUCGAGAUCCUCGGCUUCAACAGCAAAGGAGAGGUUGUGAACUACAGCGAGUCUCGGACAGCGGAGCAGAUCUGUGAGAGCUCCUCUAAGAUGAUCACCUUCAUCGACCUGGCCGGGCACCACAAGUAUCUGAAGACGACCAUCUUCGGCCUCACCAGCUACUGCCCCGACUUCGCCAUGCUGGUGGUGAGCGCCAACACCGGCAUCGCCGGCACCACCCGGGAGCACCUGGGCCUCGCCAUGGCGCUGAAAGUUCCCAUCUUCAUCGUGGUCAGUAAAGUGGACCUGUGCUCCCGCGGCACCGUGGAGAGAACGGUGCGACAGCUGGAGCGCCUCCUGAAGCAGCCGGGCUGCAACAAGAUCCCUCUGAUGGUGUCUGGGGCUGAUGAUGCUGUGACCGCCGCGCAGCAGUUCACCCAGUCUGAGUGCAUCACGCCCAUCUUCACCCUGUCCAGUGUGUCUGGAGAGAGUCUGGAGCUGCUGAAGGUUUUCCUGAACAUCCUCCCUCCACUGAGCAACAGCAAGGAGCAGGAGGAGCUGAUGCAGCAGCUCACUGAGUUCCAGGUGGAUGAGAUCUACUCUGUUCCUGAUGUUGGGACAGUAGUGGGAGGAACUCUGUACAGCGGUGUGUGCAGGGAGGGCGAGCGGCUGGUGGUCGGUCCGACAGACGAGGGCCGCUUCCUGCGCCUGAAGGUGGGCAGCAUCCAGAGGAACCGCUCCGCCUGCAGGGUGCUGAGAGCCGGGCAGGCCGCCACGCUGGCUCUGGGGAGCUUCGACCGCUCGCUGCUGCGCAAGGGCAUGGUGAUGGUCAGUCCCAAGAUGAACCCGACCAUCUGCUGUCAGUUUGAAGCCGCCAUCGUCCUGCUCUUCCACGCUAAGACGUUUCGCCGGGGGUCGCAGGUCACCGUGCACGUGGGCAACGUCCGGCAGACGGCCACAGUGGAGUGCCUUCAUGGGAAGGACGAGCUGCGCACCGGAGAGAGAGCCGUGGUUCGUUUCUGCUUCAUCAAACAUCCCGAGUACCUGCGACUGGGCGCUAAACUCCUCUUCAGGGAGGGGGUCACCAAGGGCAUCGGUCACGUGACCCGCCUGCUGCCCCCUUCCCAGAACCACGACCAGAACCAGAACCACGACCAGAACCAGCAGGAGCAUUAAACCCCCGAUCUGACAGAUGUUGAGCUACGUGAGAACUCUGACCGCUCAGACGUCAUUGAAGCUGAGCGGCUUCACUCCCCCCGCCAUAUGUCGCCGUAUUAACCCCCCCCUCCUGGAUCUACACUUCGGUCAAAGAGUCAGCCAUCAUCAUCAUCAUCAUCAUCAUCAUCUUCUUCUUCUUCCUCACAGCAGACGCUCGUGUCUUGAGUUAAAGCUGCCUGACCUCAGUGGGUUUAAGCCCGGACGCUUAAUCUGAUGUUGUGCCACGGUUUUGAUUUAGGACGCUCUUUUUCUCGUGCGGCUGUCAUGAGAAGACUGAAGGAUUAUUUAUUUUGGGAGGGGGUGUUUGAGGAGGAAUGAAGAAAAAGAUGUGACUCUGGAUCUGUGCUGAACUCAGAAAUGUACCCUAAGACUUUAUUUGAAAUCUGAAGAGGGGGAUUAUUUCCAUUCGGAGUUGGAUUCUUUUUUCUGAGGUGUCGUCCCAUCAAACAUUUAAGAUCAUAAUGAUGGCUUUGCAUGUUCCAGCCCAUCAACUGCAAAACACCGUAAUCCGCAGAGCGAGGUGGGGUCAGGGGUCAUUUUCUGACAGUUUGUGUGGAUAUUAUGACCAGCACCAAGUUAAUGUAGGAAUAUGAAAUGCACUUAAAGGUGGAUUUUAAUACUGAGGUGUUUGAAGCUACUGUUAUUUACUUUGCCUUAAAUUUCAUUAAUCUUCUAAAUACUUUCUAACGUCAUCAAUACAUUCAUUAGGCCAAAGAACUUCAGAAAUAGUAAAGAAAAAUCUUGUUUUAAAAAAAAUAAAACGCCCAAAUAUUCAGUUUAAAAUCAUCUAAAAUGGAGAAAAGCAGCACAUCUUAAACCAGAGACUGAUUUACGGUUAGAUCCUCAACUAAUUGUCUCAGGACUUGACUGUUCUGACAGUGACUUCACUGAGGCUGGAGCCACACGAGGACGAU